UGAAACCGCUUCAACGUAUAGGAGAGUUAACAACUGAUUGUGGACAUGCGUUUCAUUUCAAAUGUCUGGCACAAAGUGUUCAGCACGAUAAUUUCAAAUGCCCAUUAUGUCGAAGUGAUUUAGAUUCAUUGAUUGAUGUUAUUAUACCAUCGCAUAAAAGAUCGCAAGCAACAGUAGCAGUAGCCUGUUCUCCUGAAAAAUCAGUUCAGAAAUGGGAAUGCAACCGAUGUACAUUUGAAAACAGUUCUCUUGAUGCAUUAUGUACUGUAUGCGAACUAGGACAACGACCAGGCAGGGAUAGUGAUCCUAUAGAACUAACCAAACAUCAAAAUGCACAACAAGAAGCAUAUGAAUCAUUUUCUAAAUUUGAUCACACUCGUAACACUCCUCCUUCUUCUCCAUCUCUGCCACCAAUACACGAAAAUUUAAGCGCUGAACCGGAAGAUUUAGAAUUAGACGAAAAAUGGGAAUGUAAUAGUUGUGAAUACAAAAAUUCAUUAUCAAAUGAAAAAUGUCAAAUGUGUGGUGCAGAAAAUAGAAAUAUUAAUCGAGAAACUACAAGUUCAUCUCUCACACCAUCUGACUCAUUUGAAAGUCUCUAUUCUGAUAUUGCAACCGUUACUCCAUCAUACUCACAAAAUAGACAAAAAGAGGAAGACGAAGAAAAGUAUCGUCCACGUACCACACACACAAUGAGUGCAAGUACAACAUCGAAAUUUACUAGUGAAACAACUGAUUAUCCCGAUCAAUAUUUUACUACUAAGAAGAAAGAAACACCUCAAUCUCCACAGAAACAAGAAACAGCAAAGACGACAGUGACAGCACGUGGAAAUUCAUUACAACAAACUUUAGCUAACGUUGUCUAUGCAGUUGAUCUUCCAGUUGAAUUAAAUGAAAAUGAAAUAGAAAACGCUAUUCGUGCUUCUCUUCCUAAUGCUCAUCAAAUCUCAGUUGUCAAUGUAAAAUGUAAUCUGAAAAUUGGUGUUACAACUGUCGAGCUAAAAAACACUGCUGAUAAAAAAAAAUUAAUCGAUAUAAAAACUGUUAUUCUCGCUCAUGGCCCUCCAGCACAGACAGCUAGAUUCGUCGAUGAAAUUCAACUUCUAGUCUAUCUCGUAAUUGAACAAAAGUCUUGUUCUCAAUUAGAAGCACCUUCACUCAAUGAAAUACGUCAUAAAUGGAACGAACUCUAUCAUGAUGAAGAAAGCAGCAGAGAUAAUUCAACCCAAUUAUUACCACAACUUGAAAUUCUAACAAACCAGUUUCCAAAUAUAAUUAAAGCUGUUUGCUUGCCUGUAAGUGAAAUAGUAAAAGCAACAGAAGCUCAAGUAUUUCGAUUAAAAAAUGGUCAAAUUGUGAACAUCAGUGUCAAUCAGUGCCUUAGUUAUCUUGAAGAUAUACCUUCAAAUGUGGACGAAGAUCUACUCUUUUGUUGUAUUGCUACUCAAUUGAAUCUAUCUGAAGUUGAACGAAUACAAAAUUCGAAUGGUUGUAAACAGAAAGCAGAUGAAGCAUAUAAGGCACUUCAACAGAAUUCCUCUCUUAUAAAGUUACGUUCAUCUUUCUAUAUUCAAAUUAAUCCAGAUUCAAAAUUAGCUGUUAUUCUCACAUCUUACAACGAUCAAGUCACACAAAAAUGGAUUAAAAUGCAGCAUGUCAAUGUCAAAGGGCAGCCUUUGACAAGAAGAAAUGAAAUGAGUUUAAAACUUGUUGUUAAACCAAUUCCUAAAACGAUGUCCUUACAUACGUUAGCGUCACACAAUAUCUUUCAAAACUGCGUAGCAAAUAUAACUACAAUGGGUGAUCAAGCUAUCGUCGAAUUGAAGUCAAAAACAAUCUAUGAACAGUGUCUUUCACGUGGUGCCAUUAAAGUAGACGGUGUCAAUUUGCAAAUUGAAUCUUAUAAAUCAGAAACAGCUCUUGAUCCAAGUCAAACAACAAUUGAUUCACAGAAUUGGUAUGAUACUGAAAUGUUAAAACAGAAACCAGAUAUAGCUUCGUUCAAUUCAGAACAUUCUAUAUUUAAACGUAAAUGGGAUGCUAAACUAUGGUUACAACACUUUCAUCGUAUUCCUAAUACAGAUCGUAAAGAUUUUACAAGACGAAUGCUUAGAGUAACAGUGAUGUUGAAUACACUAUCAACUGUACGUACUGGAAAGUACAGACUCGUAAAAGAUGAAAAAGAAAGUGAAAUAGUUUUUCAACGUUAUCCUAUGAAAACAGUACUCUACACAGAACAAUCGAAAUUAUUUGACUGUCAGCGUGAAUCAAUUUCUACAAUAAAACCACGAUUCUCCUUAACAGCCAUCGAAGUUGUUAAUGAAGAUUGUCUCGUUGCCUAUGAACGUUUAGCAGCAGAAGGUUUAAACCCAGUUCUAUUAAACAUGGCUAAUGCAGUAACGCCAGGCGGCGGCUACCGAAGAGGAGAUGGUGCACAAGAAGAAAAUAUUUUUCGAAGAACUAACUAUUUUGUAAGUCUUGACCAUUUUCUAGAACCAGAUCAACGGCACACACAAAAUGAACGUAUGAAAUGUGAAUCCAAUGGAUCGUUAAAACAGCUAUCAACAAAUGAGAAAAUGUAUCCAGUUGAAGAUUUUGGUUGCAUCUAUACAAGUGGAAUUACAAUCUUUCGUAAAACUGAAGCAAAUGGCUAUGAAUAUCUUUCGAAACCAAUCUACAAAGUGAGUGCAAUUGCACUACCAGCCUAUCAAGCUCCUGAUCUGACAACUGAUAAUCGUCUUUCCUCAAAAAUUGCAGUUGGUACACGUAAAAAAAUUGAAAAUCUAUUUGCAGUUGCAUAUGCUAACAAUCACAAUUGUUUAAUCUUGUCUGCUUUGGGAUGCGGUGCUUUUAAAAAUCCUCCAAAACAUGUUGCAUCUAUUUUCAAAACUGUUAUCGAGCAAUAUGCUGGUUUUUUCCAGAAAAUUAUCUUUGCUAUUAUCGAUGAUCACAAUACUGGCGGUCGUCUAAAUCCUGGUGGUAACUAUAUUAUAUUUAGAGAUAUUCUCGAUAAUAUUAAAGUAAAGCCACCUCAACAGCUGACACCAAAAACAACGAUUGGACCAUAUGAAAUUACUGAGAAAUCUAAAGUGAAAGAUUACAUAAUGUGUAAUGGUACACCGUGUCAAUCAGGAGCUCGUUGUCAGAAACUGGGUGAUGAUGUACACUGUCGAAAAUAUUUACAUCCAACACGUUGUCUCAACGGUAAAAACUGUCAGCUAUUAAAAAAUAAAGAUGAAGAUCAUUGUCUCUUCUUUAUGCAUGCAAUCCAAUGUAAAUUUGGUGGUGAAUGUGAACUAUUAGCUAAGAAUGAUCAAGAACAUUUAAAUGAAUUUUUACAUCCAGAUUUCUGUUCGUUAGAAGGCCAGUGUACUAAUAUGUCAUUAGAACAUUUGAAAAAGUUUAGUCAUUUACCAUUGUGUCAAUGUGGUCCACAAUGUUAUAAAUUUCUUACUAAUGAUCGUGAACAUAGUAAACAAGUUCGACAUUGUAAAAAGAACUGUCUCUAUGGGAAUAAUUGUGCAAAUUUUCACGAUCUUGAACAUAUCAGUAAUGAAUCACAUCCAUUUCCAACUCCUUGUCCACUUACACCUUAUGCUUGUUCAAUAUUUAUUAAAUUUCAACAACAAAAUCAUUCAUCUUUGAAAUCAUAUGAAUUAGAAAUACUAAAACUACACUGUGUUCGUUAUUCACACGUUUGUCCUUGGGGAAGACUUUGUACCGAUCAUGAUGAACUGCACAGAAACAAUACAAUUCAUGUUGCUCGUAAAAUGUGUCCAGGCACAAUAGAUAAAUGUACAAUGUUAACAAAUGACGAACAUCUGAAUACAUAUUCACAUACUGGAAUACGAGAUAUUCGUCUUCUCUGUAGUUCUUCAACUACAGAAUGUUCAGAUCGUUUUAAGAAAGAACAUUGUAUUAAAUACCGUCAUGGAACAAGUGAAGAACCACUUGGCGUUACAAAAUAUUUUGGCUUAAAUAAGACAAUUAGUUUUAGUCGUAAUCAAAAACAAAUGAUACAAGCUAUUCGUGACCAUUUUAAAAAUAAAGAUAUUAAAGUUCCAGUUGAACUACAACAGUGGAUUCGUGCUCUACAACCAGUACAUCGAUGUAAUCUAAAAAUAUUUGAAUCAAUUUUGGUACACGGUCAUGUAAUGAGUCGUGAAUAUAUGGAUUAUCUAUCUAAACCAAAAUUUGUUGCACAAGCAGCUCUUCAACAUAGUCGUAUACAGCGAAUUAUCGAUAGAACAAAAGGGAAAACAGCACAGAAAUACACUCAAGAAUAUGUCAAUGCAAUUGUAAGAAAAGAAUUUAAUCCUAGUCGAAGUUCAGUUUCAGUACCAGCUCCAGCAGCAUCACAACUUAUCAAUCCAGUUCAAACAACUUCAGCACAAAUGCAAUCGAUACUUCAGCCUGAUGCUAGUGAUGACGAUGAAGUCAUUGACCUUCGAACACCUAAACAACGUAUGUCACUCUAUUUUUCAUCAAAUGAUAUAGAAGAAAUUUAUUCUUGUACAAGUGAAAUUAUUAAAGCAUCAGUUAAUCUACAUCAAAAGAAAGAAGGGAUAGGACAUACACCUGAUAUAGCACUUGAAACAAAUAAACAUGUUUUUUCUAUUCUUGGCCCUCACAAUGGUUAUAAUUAUGGUGAUAUUUUUCUUGUUUUUAAACGUGAUAUAAUGUUACAUCCAGACGCAAAUUUUACAAUUCAAGCAGCUACUACUUAUGAUAGUGGUAAUGCAUAUAGUUGGCGACCUUGGCUAAAAAAUCCUGGAAAUCGAAAAGAACAAUAUAAACAUUUUCAUAAUUCCAAAUUACAUUGUUCAUCAAAUGGAUACGAUUAUGUAGUUGCACUGGAAUUAAUGGCAUUAACUGGUAAGAAUAAACUUGAUGAUGAUUUAAAACAAAUUAUUAAACGUUGGAUGGGAGCUGAUUCUCAUCAAGUUUUAGAAGCACAUUUACCUCAAUUAAUUCCACUGAAUUAUAUUGAUCGUAUUUAUAUGCCAAAGAGUGUAGCAGAUGCUCUCUCACAAAAAUCAAAAAAAUACGUUGAAGCAAUGUUUGGUGAACGUCUUCAAGUAACAGAUCAUAUAAUGAAAUCUCCACAUACGACAUUCGAUUCACCAAGAGAAAAAUAUCAAAAAUACGUCAAUGAACAAUUGCUUGAACGAUUGAAGAAACGAUGUGAUAAAAAAAAUAAUCAACUUUAUUCCGUUCCACUUUCAGGGGUCGGUACAACUGUCAGCGUUCCCGGUUCAGAUUUCAAUCUUAAAUCAUUUAUUUUAUUACCACUUUCUCUAAAAGAUACAUAUUUUUCAACUCGACGACCAUCCUCAUCAGAUGUGGUUUAUGUCUAUUGGAAAGCACUGAAAGGUGAUUUUAUGUUUUUGCUAACGGAUAAACCGAGAGAUGCACGUUUCUAUCUUACUUGUUACAUUGCACCAACUCCUUCAUCAGCUCAAAAUACACAUUCAGCGUCAGAACUCUAUCAUUCAAGUAUUCACGAAUCAUAUUCUUAUAUUCAUAAUGCUUCUCCAGUACUUCACGAUGCAAUCUUAGAAAGUCAGUUGUUCAAAGCUGGUUCAAAUAAAUUUCAUAUGGGUUGUAAUACAAAUGAUUUUAUUAUUUAUUGUCUAAGAUUUAAUGUACAAACUGGUGACGUUUCCUUGAUACAUGUUGGUUCAAAUGGCAUCUAUAAUCACAGUCGAUUGCAACACCAAUUUAAAAAACAAGAAAUAGAUUUAUCACAAUUAGAAUAUAUUCAAAUUGCAACUGGUUCUCAAACUGUAGCAUUUCAAAAUAUAACAAUUAGAUAUGAACAAAUAUCAGAAUUGCAUACAUCAUUUGAUCAACACUUCGAUGGAACAAAUGUCACUUCUUCGUCUUCUACACAAAAUCACAGAGAUAGUACUGCAACUUCGUCGCCUACCACUCAUAAACCUACUGCGUCAACGUCUAAAGCGCAAGAUGAUUCUUAUUUAAUGGCUGCAAUAAAACCUCUGAUAUCAGUGUACAAUGCGUUCGCUGGUCAACAAGACACCGAAAAACGUGAACGUUGUCGAGAUUCGCACAACUGUCUCUUACAAUAUUCUCCCAAUGACUCAAAACGUCACAAUUCAAAGUAUACACAUCCCUGUCGUUUCUCAGAAUUGUGUUGUCAUAUUAAAGAUAAAGAACAUUCGAAUGAAUAUACACAUGAAAAGCAUAAUGUUCCAAAUUGUAAACGUGGCCAACAGUGCCAUGACACAACAAAUCUACAUCACCGACAACAAUAUCGACAUCCUGAUUUAUCAGAUUUUCUAAUUCCAUGUAAAGAUCAAAGGGAAUGUCGUGAUAAGUCAUUUCUACAUUUACAAAAAUAUUCUCAUUCCUCUUCGUCUACUAGCCACCAUAGUCAACACGGCAAAUAUCAUGAAAGUUCGCAUCAAACAACAACGUCUCAUGUUCAUCAGAGAUCAAAACUUGAUUGUCAUUACGGUUCAGACUGUUAUAAUAGAUCGGAAGAACAUCGAAAAAAGUAUCAACAUCCACCUAGUACUAGUUCACCAUCGUCUUUCCUAUCUCACAAUAAUUCACAACUUACAGAUACUAGUGUUUAUAGCGAUAAUGAUGAGGAUGACAAUCAGCAACGGCAGUCAGCGCAACAACGAUGGCAAAGUCAUCAUCAAUCUCAUGACAAGGACUGGAUGUAA